AUGACAGCAACAACAGCAACAUCAUCGGCGACAUCUUCACCAAAGUCGACCAUCCGAAGAGCCACAAACAACAGUAACAGCAGCAGAAAGAGUGUCAAUCGAGCUGUCAAUCCCAACAUUGUAUACGAAUAUGCUCUUCGUUGUGCUAUCAGAGCUCAUAUGGAGCAGACAGAGAAAAAGCGAGAUUCGACUUUGAGCGUCAUGACCAAUUCUUCUGGAUCUGUUUCGAAAAAGAAAGAGGAAAAGCAUUUGUCGCUUCAUCACAGCUUCUCCAGCUUAAACGACAAGUUCAGCAACGAGGACAAUAAGAAAUCUGGAAAACUGACUCGAGAAAUUGUCAAGAGUCUGUCGAAACGCUUGGAGGACGUGUACAAGGAAAAAGAUGUGUCUCAACCAGAGUUUACGGACAAGAGGUUUCGCACAGUGGCAAAAAGUGUGAAAAAGGGGCUGCAAGAACAUCGCUACCGGCCGUCAGGCACUAUCAAUGAUAUCGUCGUUUCGUUUCUCAAGUCCAGUGAAGCAGAAUUAAAGAUGAACCAGCCAAAUCCUGCAUUAUGGUAUGACGAUCUUAAUCGCUUCUUGGCCAGAUUUGUCGACAUGGUAAUACAAACCUUACAAAAAGAUGCGCCUUCAUCUGCCACACCGGAGUUGAUUGAUAGUCUUUCCGCUUUUUGUACACCCACGCAAAAGACGACACUGCCUGAAAAGAGAUCCUCCAAUUCAUCCAAUGCGUCAUCGUUAUCAACCUCAUCAACAGCAGCAGCAGCAGCAGCCGCCGCGAAUCAAGAUAACAGCAUAUUGGAGUUUCCAAUGGUCAUGACCAUCAAGCACUUGUUUCAGAUGAGCGACAGAGAACAUCAACAGAAAGUGAUGGAACUGUUGUCUGUGUGUACCGAAUCAGCUUUGCUGCAUGAUUUCAAGAAAUGCAUCAACAAUGUACACACAAAUCAACCAUUUCCUGGCAAAAGGGAAGACUUCCCAUCAACCCAAGCAUAUGAAAACUGGCAAAAGAAGGAAGUGAAACAACUGACGGAAUUGAUGAAAACGCUCAUGUUGAUGAAUCCAAAUUUGAGCAUUGCGACAUCCAGUGAACAGGAUGUGGGUAACACCAACUUGUUAGCCCGACAAAGCACAGACUCUUAUGCGUCUGUAUCAAGCUUAAGCAGCAGCAGCAGCAGCAGCAUUAAUGUGGUGGAUGCUAACUCAUUCACAUUUAUCCCAGCAGACCCCAAAGGAUGCUUUCGUUAUCUGAUGAGCUUAUGUCUUGAUCAUGACACGGACAACCUCUCAGCGUUACCCGAGGCAGAGCGAGCUAAAACCAGUGUCCUUUCUCAACAAUCUGACGAAUUGCUGCGAGAAUGCUGGAAGACUUGGCGAUUAUCAGCACCAUUCCGUGCCAUUCUAUACCUCAGCCUAGUCAAGUCAAAGUUUGACAGUAACGAGCUCGGCCUAGAUGAUAUCAAUGAUGCGCUGCGAUCAUUAGAAAGAGUAGCAAAAGAGAAUGAUGCUUCAUGUUGGGCCAUUGCAGAUAGAACUAGCAUCAUUCGCGUAUUGGAAGGCGUGGAUAACUCUUUGUUGCGUGAUUUAGCUGAUGGAUUAUCCGAAUAUUGGAAAAUCAGUCCAACUUGGGUUCAGGACAUUGUGGACCUGUUGGAAAAAGUGUACAGCAAUGCCAUCUAUGCAGAAGCGCAUCCAAAUCCUGAAGAUAACAUGACUCAAUUAGAAGAUUCAAUCAAGGGCGCUGCAGUAGAGAGAUGGAGCAGCAUUGAACGGACAGCCAAUGACCCUGAAAAGGACGCCUUAUCCAAUCUGUUUUCAAUGGCUGAUGUUCUCAGUAAGGAACUGACAUCUGUUGCCAAAAAGAAGUUUCCUCGUCCCAUCAUGGGUAUUCUAUCUGUAUCUAGUCUUGUCAUGGCAAGGCAAAUGCCUUAUUUCGCGCUGGAAAUGGAGAAUUGGGCCUAUUCUCCAGACUUCAAAACAUGUCCUAUUGAUAGUGCAUUUGCUUUGUACGAAAAGGUGUUGCGUCUUGAGAAGCUUUAUGAUGAAUAUGGACCAGAAGACAAAAAGAGUCUGUUCAAGGUUGAGUCAUGGUUUAUGCCUCACGUCAAGCGCUGGCUAAUAAAGACAAAUGAAUCUACGUUUGACUGGGUGGAAAAUGCAGUUGCUCAAGACCAGUUCCAGCGAUAUAGCGAUGUGGUUGUGCACUCAUCAUCGAUCAUUGAUUUAUUCUCAAUGUUCAAUCAGGCGGUCGAUUUUAUAGUCCAUUUGCAGUGGCCAAACGACUUACAGCACUGCUUAUUCAUGACGUUUCUAGCAAAGAUUAUUGGAGAAGGCAUUGAUCACUAUUGCCGCACGAUGGAGGAACUGAUCAGAGCAGACGUGUUUCCCAAUCGUUUAUCAAGCCAGGACCUAGCCUCUGAAAUUGUUGUGUCAGGAUCGAUAUUGGAUAAAGCACGCUACCAAAUCAUGGGUGGACGAGGAUUGAACAAGGACGAAGCAUGUGCGCCAACCAACUUUAUUACGCCUGAAUUGUGUAUCAAGCUAAACGACAUUGAGGCAGCUCGAGGCAAACUAGAUCGACUUUAUCAAAUGAUGCACGUGGACCAGGUUGCUCAAUUCAUGCGAGAGAAUAUCUCGCCCCAGAGUACAUACAAACCGGAAAAAAACAACUUUUUGUAUUCGAUUCGUGUGGUGAGAGCAGAGAACUUACAGCCAAUGGAUAACAACGGGCUAAGUGAUCCCUAUGUCACUUUCGAGAUAGACGGCAAAAUGAUCACCAGAACAAGAACCGUAUACGAAACCUUGAAUCCUCGAUGGGAUCAAGAAUUCGACAUCUGGCUAAGUGAAGAUGAUGUGGACGUCUGUGUCAUUGUCAAUGACGAAGAUGUUAUUACCGCUGAUGAGGAAUGCGGUGUAGCAUGGUUCACUCUGUCGCCUAAAUUCAGCGAGUUGUAUCAAAAGGAUGAUUUGGUGCUUCGUUUAUCCCCACAAGGCUCCUUGGUGUUGCGUGUCAAUAUCGAAAGUGAAAAAAACGAUAUACAAUUUUGGUUUGGUAAAGCAUUCCGUACCCUCAAGACAUCGGAUAUGGAUGCGGCAUGGCUUAUUGUCGACAAGAUGACACCAUACAUCCGCCAUUGCUUGUCUCGCCGAGUCAUUGAUAAACUAUUGGGUAGAGAUAAAAGCGGCUUCUUUUCUGCAUUCAGCAGGGCUACUAGCAAGCAAACUGAACCUGAUCUGCAAGCUUGUGAAGAUGCAAUUGCACCCCUAUUGGACUUUUUGGAGCGCAACUUGGCCAUGUUGAAUGAGAACCUGACAGAGACACUCAUGCAAUCUGUAGUAUUAAAGAUUUGGAAGCAAAUUUUGAGGACGUUGGACAGCAUCCUAUUACCACCACUGUCUGAACAUAUAUCAGAAGUUAAGCCGCUCGAUGACUACCAGCUCCACGUUGUGCUGAAAUGGCUAGAGUUGCUUAAAAUUUUGUUUAAUGGAGGCGAAGAUGGGGAUGCUAUACCACUUGAGAGCUUGGAGAACGCACAAUAUUACUCGCUAUUAGCCAUCAAUUCUGCAUAUCGUUUGGAUACUCUGGAAUUAAUGCAAAGCUAUCAGCUAUCAAAGAGAAAAUCUCGCUCUAGCUUGAACCUGGGCAAGAAACCAGCUAAUCGAAGCAAAACAGUGUAUCAUUCCAAAAAUACCAUACGGCACAGCAAAGCUGCCGAGAAAAGGGAGCAGCACAGGAGAUCAACUGUGGCAGACGUGCCACAUGAAGAUGACAUUUUACGUAUCCUUCGAAUGAGACAAGACCGGCAAGUAGUCGAAUUCUUGCGACAGGAAUUUGAGAAUCGCAAUAAUCGCCCUUCAUCAAAGCAGCACGCUACUGACAGUGGGCAUGUAGCCUUACCUGAGACGCCUACAUCCAUCAAGGAUAUGUCUGUGCCGCCAGACUCACCAGCACAUGGUAUUACACUGACAGAUUAG